GAUGAAGUCAGGCAGAUACUUCAUGAUCACUUUGAUGCCGAGUUUGACGCACGAUUUGUGGGGUCGAAAGAUGCAAUUGAUCGUGUACCAUUAGACUGCAUUGGGCCAUGGCAUCAGCAACAUGCAGAUGGCCAUGAGAAGCUUUCUGCUCAGGCUCUGAAGAUGGGAGAUGUAACUUUGCCAAUUUAUGCAUUCAAGGAUCAGUUCUCAACUUUCGUUCCUUACAUGCGUUGCUUGCCUAAUGUGAGACUUUCAAAUAUCAUUGGACAUGUAUUUCUUGAUCUCGUUGAGGAGUAUGGCUGUGCGUGUGCUUUUCUCCGCAACCAACAUUCAUACUCACCAGUUCUGCAUGCUGCUCCCGAGUUCACUCUAGAUCAAUGGCCUGCAUCAAGACAAGUGCAGAGCAAACACAACACACCAAUCGAAGGGUUUUGGCGUUGGAAACGGGAUGGUGAAGGUCACAGUAUACGUCAGGCCAUUUUUGUUGGUCGA